AUGGCAGCAGUAGCAUCUUUGCGGUUUCAUGAGGAUUCCUGGCUCAGGCUUGUUGCUCGAUUUCUGCUAGUGUUCCUAGGCAUCAUCUCCUGGAGUGCUGCUGCAGCUAUGGCCUUUGCUGGAAUUUGUGUGAUCCAGCUGUACAAGAACUUCAGCUAUGUAUUUCAGGAGUAUUUCUUGUCUCUCCCUGGCUGGUUGGCUAUUGCAGCUGCUCUUAUCUUGCUACCUACUGGAGUUUUGGCCAUUUAUAUUUCUGUUAAGAGGUCUUGUUAUUGGCAAGGAAUUCUCAUGUACUUACUGCUGAUCCUUCUUUGCCUAGAAAUGUCUUCAGUGGUUCUGCUACAGUUCUACUCUAUUCAGAUAGCUUCUGAGAUGAAAAGCACUAUGAGUUACCUUGUCUAUCACCACAAUGGGAAACACUCCCAGGAUCCUGGCAGCAAGGCUAUGGAUAUGAUACAGAGGAAGCUGCAGUGUUGUGGAGUACAAAACUAUGUGGACUGGAUAAAUGCAACAGAUACUUCUUGGCAUCUUCCAGCUGGAGAAGCUCGUGUCCCUGAGAGCUGCUGUAAGGAAAAGUAUCCUCACUGCAGGUGUGAUUUAGGCCAUCUGGAGCAGCUUUUUCAGGAAGGCUGUCUAAAGAAGCUGGAAGACCAGUUGGAUUUUGUCAUGCCUUACCUAUUUUGGUGUUGUACUGUGCUAAGCAUCUUAGAGCUGUUGGCUGGUGUCAGCAAUGGUAUCCUCAUGAAGUAUCAGCCCUUUUGUGACCUCCGAAGCCUGGAAUCCUCUACCUUCUUUUAG